CCAAUUUGCAAAACCUUUUCCCCUUGCACUAUUUGAUUUGAACACACCAACUAGGGUUUAAGUUCCCUCAACAAUGGCCCGGAUUCCGUCUCUUUCACACAAAUAAUACUUAUAUUAACCAAUUUCUUUUCUCUCUCUCUCUCUCCCUGUUUUUCUUUUCUUUUCCUUUUAAAAAUAAAUUAAAUUUCUGAAAUGCACGGAGCGAGCAGCGGCGGCGGAGCGGCGGCGGCACCAAUACCGAAUGCGAACGGACCGCCGCCGUUCCUGAGCAAGACUUACGACAUGGUGGACGACCCUUCCACGGAUUCAAUCGUGUCUUGGAGCCCAACCAACAACAGCUUCGUGGUUUGGAACCCACCAGAGUUCGCCAGAGACCUGUUGCCCAAACACUUCAAGCACAACAACUUCUCAAGCUUCGUUCGCCAGUUAAAUACCUAUGGUUUCAGGAAGGUAGAUCCAGAUCGCUGGGAAUUUGCAAAUGAGGGAUUUUUAAGGGGCCAGAAGCACUUGCUUAAGACCAUAACCCGGCGAAAACCUGCCCAUGGUCAUAAUCAUCAACAGGCACUGCAAUCACAUAGACAAAGUUCAUCAGUAGGGGAAUGUGUUGAAGUUGGGAAGUUUGGACUUGAAGAAGAGGUUGAGAUUCUUAAGAGAGAUAAGAAUGUGCUCACGCAAAAGCUUGUGAGGUUGAGGCAGCAGCAACAGGCUACUGAUAACCAGCUGCAGACAAUGGUUCAGCGCCUUCAGGGAAUGGAACAACGACAGCAGCAAAUGAUGUCAUUUCUCGCAAAGGCUGUUCAGAGCCCUGGGUUCUUGGCUCAAUUUGUACAACAGCAAAAUGAUGGUAAUAGACGCAUAACGGAGGCAAACAAAAAACGCCGGCUCAAGCAGGAAGCUAUUGAUGAAAUGGAACAUGCUGCUGCUUCUGACGGACAAAUCGUUAAAUAUCAACCGCUGAUAAAUGAAGCAGCAAAAGCAAUGCUAAAGAAGAUCAUGAAAUUGGAUACUUCUCGGCUAGAAUCUUUUAGUAAUAACCCUGAUAAUUACUUGAUUUGUGAACCUUCUUCAUCACCCAGUGCAAUGGAAAGGAGAAGCUAUUUAAGCCGAACUUCUGGAGUAACACUUCAAGAGGUCCCUCCAACUACAGUGCAGUCUUCUCACACUCCAGCUGCAACAGGGACUCAAGGGCACCCCCCCUCAACAGGAAAAUCUCAAAUUCUAUCUUCUCCGCAAGUUGCAGCUUGUGAAGAAGCUACAAAAGCUCAAUACCCUAACAUUGAUGUUUUGUUUGGAGCACCUGAAGCACCUUCCAUCCCUGUUCCUCAAGCAGAUGUAAUCAUGCCUGAUCUCUCUACAAUACCAGAUAUAGUGGCAGGAAGUAUUCUUGAUAUUCCUGAAGAAAAUUAUAUGGCGCCUGGGACAUGCGAUGAGGGAUAUAUGGAUCCUAAUUCAUUGGGAGUGAAUGGGUCAUUUCCCAUUGAUUUUGAUAGUUUUUCACCUGAAGCGGACAUUGAUGAUUUGUUGAGCGAUCCUUUCUUUUGGGAUGAUAUUGUGCAAACUCCAAUGUCAGAGGAGACCGAGACCAAUGUUGCUGAAGUAUCCAAGGAGAAUGAGGUGCCUCCAAUGGAAAAUGGAUGGGACAAAUCUCAACAUAUGGACCAACUUACAGAGCAGAUGGGCCUACUUUCUUCUGAUGCAAAAGGAGUUUGAAUGUAUUAUGAAGUGUAUAUUAAUCUUUCAUAUUGUUCAAGGUAACCUUUGGCCCAAACAAUAGGCAAGUGAUGUCUAUAAUACAAUUACACCUCCAAUUGCUCACUCAAAUCAUAGAUGCUUUUUGUUUGGUCUGGUUUAGUUUGUGAAUAUGAUGAGACCCGAACCUAGUUAUCUUUUUUCUUUGGUUUACCUUGAUAUAUCCUUAGACUUUGUUGAGUUCUAAUUAUGAACUCAUGGUAGUAUUGCAUUAGAUGCUAUAAUUUUUAUAUCAGUUCAUGUCUUCCCCUGAUAGAACAUCAGAUAGCCUUUGUUUUGAUGGAUCAACUGUUAAUAAUGAAAGCACUCUCU